UACGUCGGCGCCGGCGCCGGCAACGUCGCGCUCGUGCCGAUCCCGGGCCCUGGCUGCAGCAGCUGCUGGUGGCUGCUGUGCCUGCUCUGGCUCUUCAUAAUACCGUUCUGUCUGCCGUCGACCACGACCACGACCAGCACAACUGUCGGCGCAGCUCUCGCACGUUCUGCGCCGCCCACGCGUGUCGUGUCGAGUCGAAGACGUACCUCGCCGAUGUGUAUGUAA